AUGCUAACCGGCUUAAUUGAUAAGUCGAUUGAUAGAACCAGUUCUUUUGGUCUUUCGGGCAGUAAGCUCAGACUGACGAUCACCAUCAUUGCCUGUAUUGGUUUCUCCCUUUUCGGUUAUGAUCAGGGUGUCAUGGGGUCGAUUAUUUCCAGUUCUCAAUUCAACUAUGAAUUUCCAGGUACCAAGCAAAACGGUUCUGACGAUUCUCAUGCCACUGUUAUCCAAGGUGCCGUUGUCUCAUGUUAUGAAAUUGGUUGUUUCUUUGGUGCUUUGUUUGCUAUGCUUAGAGGUGAAAAAUACGGAAGAAAGCCUAUGAUUAUUAUUGGUGCUUCCAUCAUCAUUGUUGGUACUGUCAUUUCUGUCACUGCUUUCAGGGAUUCCUGGGGUACUGGUCAAUUCGUUAUUGGUAGAGUUAUUACUGGUAUUGGUAAUGGUAUGAACACUGCUACCAUUCCUGUCUGGCAAUCUGAAAUGUCCAAGCCAGAAAACAGAGGUAGAUUGGUUUACAUUGAAGGUUCUACCGUUGCCUUCGGUACUUUCAUUGCCUACUGGUUAGACUUUGGUAUUGGUUACGUUGAUACUUCCGUCAGUUGGAGAUUCCCAAUUGCUUUCCAAAUUUUCUUUGCCGGUAUUUUGAUGUUUGGUGCCAUUAGUUUGCCAGAUUCCCCAAGAUGGUUGAUCUCUAAAAAGAGAAAUAACGAAGCUCAAGAAAUUCUCGCCAAACUUGAUGAUUUGGAUAUAAAUGACGACUUCAUUAUUUCUGAAAUGACUCUUAUCUCCGAAACCGUCGAAAGAUUCAAUGGCCAAGGCUCCUACAAGGAUUUGUUCAAACCAAACAAGACUUCUGACCUUGCCAGAGUUCUCAUUGGUUCAUCAACUCAAUUCUUCCAACAAUUUACUGGUUGUAAUGCUGCCAUCUACUACAGUACCGUUCUUUUUGAAAACUCUAUUGGUCUUUCUCACAAAUUAGCUUCCAUUUUGGGUGGUGUGUUCUCCACUAUCUACUUUUUGGCAUCCAUCCCUGCUUAUUUCAUGGUUGACUCUGUUGGUAGAAGAAAGUUGUUUUUGGUUGGUGCUAGUGGUCAAAGUGUCGCUUUCUUGAUCACCUUUGCUUGUUUGGUUCAGGAUACCAAGGCUAACGCUAAGGGUGCUGCUGUCGGUUUGUUCUUGUUCAUUGCCUUUUUUGGUUGUACCAUCUUGCAACUUCCAUGGGUCUACCCACCAGAAAUUAACCAACCAUCCAAGAGAGCUGUCGGUUCCUCCAUUUCUACCGCUACUAACUGGUUGUGUAACUUUGCCGUUGUCAUGUUUACUCCAUUGUUUGUCAACAACACACGUUGGGGUUGUUACCUUUUCUUUGCUAUCAUGAACAUGAUCUGGAUCCCAAUCAUUUUCUUCUUCUACCCAGAAACUGCCGGCAGAUCUUUGGAAGAAGUCGAUAUCAUUUAUGCCAAGGCUAAGUUGGACAAGGCUUGGCCAUUCAGAGUUGCCCAAAACUUGCCUAAAUUAACCAUGAAUGAAAUCAAGGAACAUGUCGAAGACUUGGGUAUCUAUGAUGACGAAAAGCAAAUUGAAGAAAAGGUUGAUCUUGCUAGCUCCAACAGUGGCUCUCAAGCUGAAGUUGCCAAAGAUGCUCUCAUCAACAACAAUGCCAAUUAG